CGCUUCCCUUAGUAAUUGGACGCCAAAUGCUCUUCGAGUGCUUGAGCUCCUCCAUCACCACGGCUUUGCCGUCCGGAUAUGUUAUCCAAGAUGGGUACCCAUCCGUACCAGAUUAUCUCAACCUUCGUUUAAUCGCUGGCCUUUCGCCGAAAACUGCAUCACAAGCUACCGAAAUCUCCAAAGGCAGCUGGUAUGGCUGCUUUAUUACUUCGGAAGAAGAUAACUCAGUGAUUGGAAUGGGCCGAAUCAUUGGCGAUGGCGGAUGGUACUUCCACAUAGCGGACAUGGCAAUCCAUCCACAGCACCAACGAAAGGGCUUGGGGGACCAGAUCUUGAAAAGGCUGCUAUGGGAAAUCUCAGCGCAAGCUCCCAAAGACGGAGCUCCUUACAUCACACUAAUGGCAGACGGGCCUGGAAGAAAAUUAUACCAAAAGAACGGAUUUGUUGAAACGGCUCCUCAUUCACUCGGCAUGGUUUUAAAGAAACCUUUGGACGGCAUUCAAUGAAUUGACUGCCAAUGAGGCUAUGAUCUCGGCGCAUUUCGACGAUACUAAGGGCAAAGCGAAGCCGUCAGAUGGACGAUGGCGUUAACCCUCUGAGAUAACUUAGGAUAGUCGAGACGAAAAAUAGAAGGCUAAAGAAUAAAUUAUGACAUAGAGUACAGUUAGAAGAACAAAAGAAAGUCUAUAUAUUUUAAUGAGAAAACCUA